GCUUUGGUUGCCAUAGUAACGGGAGCCCAACACAAACACCCUGAGCUGUGAUCACAGAGACCGGAGUGCAUGAAUUACAAAUCGUGAAUUUUUGUUUUGUUAGUUCUAAUUUAAUGACUUUAAAGUGAAAAUAUUGAGCUUUCACAAGCUGGUAAACCAAGAAGAGUCACGGAGAGCGUAAGAAGAGACUAUUUGUAAAAAGCACAGUGGAAGACGCAGGAGGAAUACCUGAGAACUCAGAAAGAAGAGACAUGAAUUUAAAUGACUUUGUGGUGCUUCCUAACAACAAGGCCAAAUCCAUCAAGCUCAAUGCCAGGAACCUGCAAGAACUGCACUUGGAGACGGUGACUCUAGCCCAGGAGAGCAAAGAGAUGGAGGACAAACUGCAACAGCUAAAAGAAAGCAUGAGUAAAGAGAAGGAGGAAAGAGGGCAUUGUGGAGGGUUUAGAUGGAAGUCUGGACAAUGUGGUUCUUUAAACAGCAUUGCUCUCACAAACGGCGCCAAGAAGAACAAGGAGAACCGAUUCCAAAAGCUGUCAGCAGGCAAGGUGAAAAUACGAGUGCUGAAGGAUGAGCCACUGUCAGCCCCACCUCAGCCACCGCCUCCUCCUCCACCUGAUAGUAGUCUUUGGACGACAAGAAAAAACAGGCUGAGGGGAACAUACUGUGGACAGUGUGAAGUCAAGACUGCAGGACUAAUGUGUGCUGAAUGCACAGAGGACUACUGCGUUGGCUGCUUUACCAAAUUCCACCAGAAGGGAGCACUGAAGCUCCAUAGAAUGAUCCCUAUUCAGAAAGAUUUACAGACCCAUGUGAGCACUCGAGAUGUGGUCAGCUGCUUCCAGAAACAGAUUAACCCUAGCUCCUAUCCCAGGACCUUUAUUAAUCCUAAUCCCAGUCCCAAUUCUUAUGCAAUUGCUAGAAGAGGAGAUCAGAGCCCAGAAAAAGGAACAGAGGCUGUGGCAAAACCUAUGCAAUUGCACCCUAAUUUAAGCCAGGUGUUGGCUGUAAACCAUAGAGACGAGGAAAAUGUUGAAAUGAUUGAAGAGAGUCAGGAUGAGAGGGGAUUUCCCACCUCUCUUUUUAGAGGAGAGUACAAUGAGGAGGAGUCUGCAAGAUCUUUCCAGGAAGCUGUGAAACAGUGGAGAGGAGAGAAGUGUGAUGAACCCACCAGUGAGGAUGCAAUGUGGACACCUAUCCGACCAGUAUCAGUGUCAGUUAUGGCAACCCAGGCUGACCUCGCUCCAGACAGAGGAGAUGAAGGACGAGGACGAGCAGGGGGAGAAGGGAGGGUACCUGUCAGGGUGGAGUUCACAGAAAACAGCCUCACCUACAUGGAUAGAUUGCUUCUCAAGAAGCACCGCAGAACACCAAUCGAAACGUCUCGUCCAUCGUUGUCCUUCAGUACAGAUUUAAAAUCACUACCUAGCACAAACACUGGGGAGAACACUGCAAGCAGCCUAACAGCUCAGGAGGAGGAUUUUCGGCGCUACUGUGCAUCAUUGUUUGCUGUCCCUGUCAGCAGGGGCAGGACUGAGCCUCAGAUUACUUCACCUGAACCGUGCCUCGUCAUAGAAGUCCUGGAUGAUACAGACACAGAUGGGUUUUUUGUUGCUGAACAGAGGACAGACAACAACAGAAAGGUUCCCUCUGUUCAGCAGGUCCUCAGUAAGCUAACACUUGUGCCCCAAGUGGGCUUAAUCAGCGGUGGGUCCUCAAGAGUCAGCUACUCUUCUCAGCUCAGUUCAGCACAACCAUCCAGGCAGUCUCGAGCACCAGCACAACCCAAAGCAGCUCAAAAGCUCCAUCUAUCUGUGCCUCAGACUUCACAAGCAGAAUACUCUAUGAAAUCAUCAUCCACUAAAAGUAAGCCAUCUGCAUGCACCACUGCUGAGAUUUCAAGGACUUCACAAACAUCAAUCAAGACACCAACCUCAAUGUCACAAAAGCCCAAUUACCCUCCCAUUGUCCAAAAAUCAAAGCCCGACUGUGGAUCAAUAACAUUUUUGUCCCCCCCCUCCCUAGCGCAUUCCCAAACUGAGAUCCUUGUCCCGUAUCCACCUGAUGUUUCUCAUUUGGCUAGUACCAGACCUCCGACUCCAGAAGAGCAUUUCUCCCCUUCUCCAUCCAUAUCCCUUAGGUCUACGUUCACAGUCUCACCAUCAAGCUCCACUGAGUCAACCUUAUUGCCCAAUGUUUUCCAAUCAACCCCAUUACAAAAAGGCUCAGACUCAUCUCUAUUACCAGAACAACCCCAGUCUCCCCAGUUAUUCCAAGAACCAAUCUCAUCACUGAAGCCUUCCCAAUCGCCCCCAAGCAAUCUGGAGUCCCCAAGGCAAUCCAAACAUUCCUGCUGUGACACAGAGUCUCUCCUAUCAGAGAAGCAUAUCCAGCUGCUUCCGUCACCUGUAUGUUUCAGUCCAAACCCACCACCAACACCAUUGGAACCAAGUCCACCUGUAGAAAUCCGAUCCAGUUUAUUUCUAUUUAACAAGUCCCCACCAGAUGCUUAUUCUAGUCAGUGGUCAACUCUAAAAACAGAGAAUUCUCCAAUUUGUAUGGCCUCUACCCCCAUCUCUGGACAACAUGAAUCAACUCAGCAUAUGCAGUGUAUCCCUUCACUUCCAUCACAUUUCUUAGAUGUCAUCAAGUAUCCCCCUUUAGCUGUGAAAAUGGAAGCGAACGAGGAGCUAUCCACGGACAGUAGUGAUGAAAUGUCCAGUGAUAGCCUGGGUCUGGCUCCACAUGAGGAAGACUCGUCAGAUGAAGAAGCACAGAUGCACGGACGUUUUACGGGAGGGAGAUCCAGAGAAGAGGAGCAAGGGAAUCCUGCCAUAUCUCAUACAGAAGAUCCCUUUGUUCCUGCAGAUGCAUACAGAGAAAAGGAUUUGCAGACUGAUGAGCAAGAACAGCUGUCAGAACCAUCUAUGGUGAUGAGUUCUGGGUCUAGAUCAGAACAGUUUUGUGAUCUGGAGGGGUUCCCCUCUCUGGGUUUGGACAUAAAUUCUGGUCACACCGAAACACCAAAGCACACACACUGUGACCUGCUGGACACCUGCCAAACUUCACAGCAGGAUUCAGGCCCAACAGAAUUAGAGGGUUAUAGGCCAGGCAGCACCCUUACUACCGACACUGAGGAACACCGGGUUUUCAGAGGGAUGGACAACCACCUGCAGCUAACUGGAAGUCAAUUUCACUCAACCAGACCCUUCAAGAGAGGAGAAAUUUCAGCAAAUAAACUAGGAACAUCUGGGUCAGGGUCUAGCCUGUCUGGCAAGUCCACACCAACUGUGUCUCACCGUCCAAAAACAAACCCAAGCCCUCUCACUUCACCUAUCUCUCCCUCCCUCUCUCAUUUCUCCUCUCCUCCCCUCUCUGCCUGCCUGUCCCGUCCUACACUGGGCUCAAAAUUUGGUCCAGAGUUUCGUCCCUUUUCCCGGGCAGCCCAGGAGAUCAUGGAGAUUUGCAGUGUGGACCAGACCGGCUGUGAGGACCCUGACCUGGACACUGACACGACUGCACACACUCUCAACAGUCUGGAGGAGGAACUAAGACUCAUGGCCAACGAAACAGGGAAGCAGGCUUCAGUAUUUGGUACAGGAAACAGUGGAAGUCAAGAUCAGCAUGGAAGUCAUCGUUUCACACAGGGAAGAACCAGCGAGGAACAAAAGGAUGAGGAGGAGGCGGCUGCACAGGGAGACCGGCAGAGUGUCCUCUCUCUACCCUGAGAUAGUCGCACGCAUGCACAU